GAUGCUGAAAAUAGCUCGGCCCUCGCAGGAGAGUACGAGGUGAGUCGCCUUCGCUUUCGGCAGGGCCUCCGCGUCUCUCUCGACGCCCGCCGCCGCCGCCGUCGUCGUCGACGCCGACGCUCGCCCUCAGCGAAAAUAAUUAAAUAACUCGCUCGUGUAACUCAUCGCCUCCGACUUCCUGUCCGCUCGAUCUUCCGCAUCCGGCGCGGCCGCCGUCGCCGCUGCCGCCGCCGCCGACGUCGCUGCCACCGCCGCCGCCGUCGUCGUCGUCAUCGUCGUCGUCGUCGUCGUCGUCGCCGUCGCUCCUCUCUCUCUCACGAACCGAGUGCGCCGGCUGCGAGCCGCGACCCGGGAUCCCAAGGUCGAGCGGGAUGACGCGAAAAAAAUGUGCGCCGAAUCAACGUGGCUGAUGAGGCUGAAAUCGAGCCUCUUACGCACCACAGUAGGUCUUAGAGGAUGCACAAGUUAGCCAAAGGCCUGAAGAAGAAGAAAAAGCCGAAGAAGGGCAAGAAGGGAGCGGAGGAGGAGGACUUCGAUCCGGAAGAGCUCGAGCGUUAUCGGCGCGAGCGGGCAGAGGCCCAACAGAAAGCCGAAGAGGCCGGCGAAUCGACUAAAGGUACCGGAUCCGACGAGUGGAAAAAGUUCCAGGCUUUGACUGCUGGCGUCGAUUCGGUCUUGAGGAAGACUCAGGAUGAUCUUGAUCGGAUAAAGUCUACCUCGUUCUUCCAGCGAAAGGCGCCGUUGGAAGAGAAGAAGCCGGAGGAGGCGAACCAGGAGGACUCCAACAAAUCUACGAAGAGGUGGGUGGGGUUCGACAAAGAGGGUAAUCCAAUCGAGGCCGCACCGUCGGAGAUCGACAGCCAGGGAAGGAAGGAAGAGAAACCGCUGGUCAACGAGGACGGUUUCGUAGAGGUGCCGGAGGACGAGGAUGAGCAAGAGGACUCCGCCGAGGAGGAUAUCUUUGACACCACUUACGUCGACGUUCUUCAGAAUAUCGACGUUCAAUUAGCUUACAUACCGGACAGUCCGACUGAGGAGGAAACCGGGGACGAUCCCUUCGACACCACCAGCGCCGACAAGGUUCUCCGUACAGUCGACAAGAAGGGUAAUAAACUAGUCAGCUUGGGCAAUGCUGUUGAGGUGUUAUCGGGAAGAAUCGAUUAUGUAAGCUCUUGCAAGAUCACCAAGGGAAGACGACCCCGACUUCAACAAGAUCUAUUGUUGGAUGACUUUGACGAGGCGGAACAGCCGUCGGCAGAGGCUAUUGUAGCGGAACCAGUAGAAGUAGAGAAGACCUUGUUGGAUGACGACAGCGAUCUUCCUGAUAUCCCGAUCGAUUUGACGAAAUUACCACCUGUGCUACCAAGACCAGUUACUCCUACGGUUACUCAGGAAGACGCAGUCUCGACUGAGAAAACAUCAAAUGGACCACUAGAUAUUUCCGAGUUCGAGAUUCUGAAGGAAAAGACAGUCUUGGAAGAAAUUCCCGACUUAGAUGACGCUGAAUUUGACUUAAACGCCGCGCCAGAUGAGCCAAUUUGUCUCGAGGAAGCCGAUGAUCCAUUCGCCGAGAAAGAGCCUGAAACAAUCGAUUAUCAGGCGGAAAUAAUCGAGGCCAGUUUUGAAGCAGCUACCUACGUUGACGAGGCCGAUCCGUUUGACACUGCAUUCGCGGAUAACAUACUACCAGGUAAAACAGAACUGAAAUUCAUCGAGAAGGAGCUCGAAGAACUACCUAUUUCGGAAGUGUCUAUAUCGCUGACUGAUCCCGCUGGCUUGAACAGAGAUUAUGAAACUGGUCUGCUAAAACUAGAUAAUAAACAGAAAAAUAAUUAUGGCAGUUCGCUGUUACCCAAGAAGGAUUUGUUAGGCGGCUCGACUACCGAUCUUAGCCAGUUGGCGGACGAACCAAUCGCGCCUGUAGAGGAAAUCACUUAUGUUGAUCCUUUCGAUACAUCCGCGGUGAAAGAGCUUCCACCCGGCAAAACAGAACUCAAGGUCUUAGAAAAGGAAUUACUCGGUGAGCAACCCAGCAGUUGCAUCGAGGACGAUGACGAUUUUGAUCCGAGAAAGGAUGAGGAACCAAUAAAGCAGUUGCCCGUAAAACCGCCACCACCCAGACCAUCCGCACCUGUUAAAUCCGCUCCAGUUAAGCCUGUGUUCGCUGUUAACUUCGAGGAAGACGAAAAGAUCGAGACAACACCGACGAAUCUCGAGAGGAAGACUUCCCGGCCGGAAGUCCUCGAUCUAGCUCCAAUCAAGGCAGUCGCGUUUGAACUGCCGACCCCGUCGAAGAGACCAGAUCUUCUCGCAACUAGCGAAGAGGAAAAGACACUACCCUCUAAACCGUUGACACCGUACUACUCUCAAAAGUCUAUAGAAGAGUCGUUGCCGAUAGAAGAAGACGACGACGAAGUAGAUGUCGAUCCGUUCGACACCAGUUUCGUCAAUAACGUUGCGCCAGGCAAGACUGAGCUCAAGCUUAUCGAGUCGGAAUUAUUGAGACAAGAGCCUAAGCUACCUCAUAGUUUGAGCGAUCACGACUUCGAUCCGAGGUCUACUGCAGAACCAAUCAGGAGACAGAGCGAUUUCACGGCUACCUCAGUCGCGCCGGGGAAUCUAAAGCUUGCACAGUUGCAAUCGUCGCUGAUACAAAAGGUUGAAGAGGAAGCGAUCACGAGACGGGAACCCCAGAGGCAAGAGAGCUUGUUGGAUGCGGAAGUCGAGGUCGAUGCGAAACCUCUGACACCUAAAAUUGAGAGCAAACCUAUCGCGGAAGAAGAGGAGCUUUCUUAUUCAGACCCUUUCGACACUUCUAUCGCGACGAAUAUCCUGCCCGGUAAAGCAGAGCUAAAGAUAUUGGAAAGUGAAUUGCAACAAGUUCCUCAACAACCACCACCGCGUCCCAUUAAUCUGUCCACCGUGAUACCUAUUGUUGCGUCAACAGUCCCGGAAAUUGACGACUUCGAUCCUAGAGCAGACGAAGUAAAAGAGACUAAGGACAUCCUGUUUUUGGACGGACAGGAUCCCGGUGACAAGGUGUUGACACCGCUUCAAAAUAAAGAUCUCAGUUUGGACGACGACGUGGACCCCUUCGACACUAGCUUUGCUACUAGCAAGCUCGAGCCUGGACAAACCGAACUGAAGUUGCUAGAAUCGGAACUGAUGAAAUCCAAUUCCAUCAUGGAUUCCAAGGGGGGAAAUCCAUUCUUAAUGGACGAUUACGCGACGGAACCGGGGGGCGGCUUGCCCUCGCAGGCUUCCAAUCCUUUCCUACAAGAUUUUGCCGACACGGCAACGUCUAGGGCGGGCGAGAAUCCUUUCUUAAAUUUCAGCAGCGACCAGACGUACGAACCGCCGCUGUCCGAGUCUACCAAUCCGUUUGCCUCCUUCGGCAUUGAAAGUACCGCUGCAGAUACCGGAUUUGAAGCGAUCACUGACAUUAAUACGCCAGCAACCAACGUCUUCACUAGCCAAUCAUCAAAUAUCUUCGUCACGUCCGACAAUGCGGGCGUGGAUCUAUUUGGUACUAUGACAACGACGACGGCGACAACGGCAGCCGAGAAACCACAGGCGGCGGUUGCCAGUCCGCCGCAACAUACUCCGGCGGCAACGCCUCCGUCGAGAAACGGAAGGCCGUCCAGGCCACCCCCGCCAAGACCACAACCACCGCCGAUACCACAUCCACCGGCGCAACCACCUGCCAAGAACACGAAGGAUCUGAUAUUAUCGGUUACGGGAGCAAUGGACGCUACCUCAAACCAUCUUCUGGAUCGUUUGCAGGCAACCAGAACGCCCAGCCCCACCCUGAUGCACUCCCCGUCACCCACUCCGGAGCACAGCUUCGCCGAUCUUCUAGACGUCGACAGCAAUGUGCCAGACCUGAUUCCGGACGAUAAGGUUGAGCCGAAAAAUCAAGACAUCAUGGAUCUCUUUGAAUUAGAUGCACCCAACGCUGAUGACACCUCGAUCGGUAUCUUCUCAACUUCCAUGACCACCACAGGUACGACUAGUCUCGUCACCGGAGCCUCGAUGACCACUACCACGAAGGAUAAUCCCUUCGCGGCCAUGAGCGAAGAGGCGGCGGUCCCGCAAGCACAGCCUGCCUUUGGAAUGGAAUAUCCGGAUGAUAUCAUCAGUAACGAGAAACGGCCUUCAAUUACCACAGCGACUCCUUUCGCGGUCGUGGAAACAGACGUCGGACAAUCCGGCACCGUCUUGGAUCUUGCGAAACCUGCUCCUGCGGUUCAACCUGUGUCAACAGCUGCUGAAUUUUUCCAAGGAGCAGAAGUUUCCACCGAUACUGCCGCGAACUUCUUCUCCAUGACCGACACAACCACAACAAUGCCCUUCGCUGUCGAAACCACGCCCGCACCCUUCACAGCUGCAGCUCAACCCUUGUUUGCUCCGUCGGAAGUUACACAACCCGCCUUCGCCUCGGACCUACUGGGUGAUUUCGGAGAACCGACCAAGGAGGUCAGCAGUGGCCUGAUCUCCACCAGUCCGACCCCUGGAACGGAGUUUCCCGGGAACGAGGCUUUCCGGCCCGAAGAAGAGUUGGAUAAUUUUGCCGCUACGACGAAGGCGAUCGAGAAUACCAGCGAUUCAUUCGAUGCUUUUGCAUCCAAAUUCGAUAGGGCCGCCGAAGUGGAAACCAGCAGCGGAGAUCCCUUCUUAGAUGCCUUCGGCGGCGGAUCAACCGCUAUGGACACCUCCAGCGAUGUUUGGGGAGACUCGUCGGUAGGUGGCUCGGAAACGGCGAUCACUGGUUUUGGAGAACCCGAUGGUUUUGAUUCUUUCUUGAGUAUGACGGCACCACCGUCGGAUGUAAAAGUGAAAAGAUCCGAGUCCGCGGAUUCGGACGAAGGACCCGAUUUCAGUGUAUUUAUUAAACCGAAAGAAGGAGAACAGAUGGCAACAAUAGAAAGCGGACCUGUACCUACGUUAGCGCCUCCGCCGAAAAGUCCGCAGGUCGUCGCGUAUACGGAUUCCUCGCCGCGCUUCAAUCCCUUCGAUAAAUCCGGAAUCGCGCAGGAUGCCGUGGUAUCCGAAACUGCACAGACAGCCGAAAUGGGCAGAACAGAUUCUCAGGAAACCCCACCUACUCCUCUGUUUGACGAGGACGUUAGCCAACCGCUCGAGGAUUUCCCGCGGAUAACUUACACCGGCGACGGUUGGGAAAUGCAGUUACGGCAACCGAAUAAGAAGAAAAUCACGGGGCAACGUUUCUGGAAGAAGAUCUUCGUCAAGCUAGUUUACCAGGGUGACAGUCCGAUCCUUCAGUUGUUUAACAAUAAAGACGACAAAGACCCAUUUCAAGAAUUACCCCUGCUCACUUGUUAUUCGGUGUCAGACAUUGGCGCCCAACAAUUCGAUCAAUACGGAAAGAUCUUUACGGUGAAGCUGCAAUAUAUCUUCUAUAAGGAGAGGCCCGGCGUGCGACCUGGCCAAGUCACGAAGGCGGAAAGAAUCACAAACAAACUCAGUCAGUUCGCAGCGUACGCUAUUCAAGGGGAUUAUCAAGGCGUCAAAGAGUUUGGGAGUGAUUUGAAGAAAUUGGGUCUUCCUGUCGAACACGCACCUCAGAUUUCUCAGUUAUUCAAACUUGGUUCCCAAUGUUACGAAGACAUGAAACAAUUUUCCGUCGCUAUCGAAGAAGCUCUCUUCAGGUUACCGGCGCAUCGUGAUCGGGCUCUAACUUACAAAAUGGAAGAGGUCCAGGUAACAGUAGUGGACGAGCUGUACGUCGAGCAGAGCGCGGAGGGUCACGUAGACAAACAGAUCGCACGUGUUCGUCUUUUCUUCCUGGGUUUCCUUUCUGGUAUGCCCGACAUAGAAUUAGGAAUAAAUGAUAUGUGGCGACAGGGUAAGGAAGUCGUUGGCAGGCACGAUAUCAUCCCCGUCGUAACGGAGGAAUGGAUUCGCUUGGAGAAUGUCGAGUUCCAUUCCUGCGUCCAGCAGGACGAGUAUGAAAAGUCGCGGAUAAUAAAGUUCAAGCCCCCUGAUGCAUGUUACAUUGAAUUGAUGCGGUUUCGCGUAAGACCGCCUAAAAAUAGGGAACUACCGCUUCAGCUAAAAGCUGUUAUGUGCGUUACUGGGAACAAGGUGGAGUUGAGAGCGGACAUUCUCGUUCCUGGUUUUGCGUCGAGAAAACUGGGCCAAAUACCAUGCGAGGACGUGAUGGUUCGCUUUCCUAUACCCGAGUGCUGGAUCUAUCUCUUCAGGGUAGAGAAACACUUCAGGUACGGUUCGGUGAAAUCGGCACACAGACGAACAGGGAAGAUUAAAGGUAUCGAGAGAUUCUUGGGCGCCGUCGACACGUUAGAACCGCAGCUGAUGGAGGUAACUUCCGGUCAGGCGAAGUACGAGCAUCAACAUCGAGCUAUCGUGUGGAGAAUGCCCAGGCUGCCCAAAGAGGGGCAAGGCGCGUAUACGACGCAUCAGCUGGUUUGCCGUAUGGCUCUCACCUCCUACGAUCAGAUACCCGAAAAUCUCGCGGAAUACUGUUACGUGGAGUUCACGAUGCCGGCGACGCAGGUGUCCCACACGACCGCGCGGAGCGUCAGCCUCCAGAACAGUGACAGUGAUGCGCCCCCGGAAAAGUACGUCCGAAAUUUGUCGCGUCACGAAUACAGGGUGGGGAUCGAGCACACGCAGGGCGAAGGGCCGAGUGCGUACAUCUCGGCGACAAUAUCGAAAAAAAUCCCUGAGAGUACGCCGGAAGUUCAAGAGACGCCUGAAGCACCGGCUCCGGAGUCCGAUUCCGAUUCCUCGGGAUAACGUGGCUAAUCUGUCGCUAUAAGUCAACGUCGAUUGAUUAUCUCCGCGUUGUAAUAAUUAGUACCAAGGGUGGUAGGGGGGAAAGGAUAGAAGAGAAAGCUAAAAAGGGAACGCGUUACGUAAGUCGAUCGGUAGAGAAGCUACAUAUGGCUGACACACUAGUCGUUUAAGCGAUGAACAUAGGUACUAUAUCGUGUACGUAUUACUAAUCUGUAUACAGAAAGAAAAUUCGCGCGAAUCCGCCAUGAGACGUUUCACGAGUUCGCAGGUAGUUAUAAUUAACCACGGAUAAUUGUCCAGAAUGCGCGAUUCAACAUUAGCCGAUUCGACGGCUGUUAUGAUUAUUGAAAAUAGAGAAAUGGAAUCAGAUCGGCAAGGACUAAAAUUAAUCGAUUUACAAGAUGACAUUUUGACACUCACAUGCCUUGAUCGUUAAAUGAUCAAGGUAGCCAGGUUAUAAAAUUGAAAACCUUAAUUUGCCUAAUAAUUUAAAGAGAACUGUAAAUUAUUAUUGAUUUUUUAUUCGAGAUUCUCGCAUUUUCUCCAGAUAUAGAGGAUUUGUUACUACUCUUUUUUUUUAAUCUUUGAUUCAAUCGCUAUGAACAUUAUCUGUAAAAUAAUCUCGCGGGUGAACGAUUCGCGAAACGUCUCGUUCGCACUCGCGCGCAAAGUAGUGGCUAAUGACAAGUAAAUUAGAAGGAAAAUAAUUUGGAAUAUGGAAGGACAAUACCGCUUUUCCGUUUUGUUUAGCUUGUUAAGUCGUAGAGCAGUCGCGAUGGAAAGCUUUGCGCUCGUAUAAAAUUGCGUUCAUCAUGUCGUAUCGAGUAUUUAUUGAUGUCUCCAUUAGCGGACUGUAAUAUAAAAAUUGGCGAUGAGACAUAAGCGUACUGCACGCUUUUUAAAAAAAGAUUCAAAUUUACACACCGAUUAUUUGGAUUAUCUAGUGCUCAGGUUUUUCUGAUUUACAUAGCAAUGAUGUUUUUUGCUUGCAUAUUACAACUGAAACGUUUCAUUUAAAUAUUUUAAAACUUUUAAUUAUAUUUUAAGAAACAUUCAAAAAUCUAAAGAUCUGAAUUUUUAUAUAUUAUUGGAAGAAAAGAUUGCCCACAGAGAGAAAGAUAUAUCGCUAAAUCACGUUGUCGUCGCAAUCAGAGAGCAACGAUCUUAGUUAGUCUAACGACGUUACUUUAUAGACACUAGCAUAUCCCGUUGUUUGAGCUUAUAGAUGAUCUAUGCAUACCGUUAUCUAGUCGCUAGUAGGUACUAAGUUAUAAAUUAUAAAUUAUCACGGUUAAAGUCUGCGAUUAGAAUCUAUAAGAUAGUGUGAGGGCAACAAAUGAGGUAUCGAUUAUUCUAGAAUGGUGUGGUGUACAUUUUGUGUGUAUAAUAUUAAUUCAGUGUGAAUGAAAAAUAUGAUUGUGAUUUGCGAAAGUAUAUCUAGUCCUUAACAAUAUUCGUGUGAGCAAGUAAUAAUCCUCGCACGAAAAAACAAAUAAUUAAAAACAUUGCACGAUUGCAACAAUAGCCAGUGUUGGGUAGUAUCUAGACACUUGUAUAAUAAAUAUCUAUCCGAGAAAAAAAAUGGAUAUUAGUAUGAUCAGAUGUAAAAAUAUAUAAUUACAUACGAAAAGAUCUAAUAAUAUAUGAUCAUAUAUCAUCUAAUCCGAAAUUCAGCGCGAUAUGAUCGUGUAUAAUCAUAAAAAUAUAUAAUUAGAUAUGAAAAGAUAUAAUAAUAAUAUAUGUUUUUUAUAUGAUUAUAUAAAAUACAUAAAUCAUUAAAUCUUUUUAUAUCUAAUUAUGUAUUUUUAUAAUUAUGAUUAUAUCGCGCCAAUUUUCGGAUUUGAUUAUAUAUAAUCAUAUAUUAUUAGAUGUUUCGUAUCUAAUUAUGUAUUACACCUGAUCAUAUUAAUGUCCAUUUUUUCUCUGGUAGAUACCUGUAAAGAGAUACUUUUGUGUAUCUGGGACUGUACUUAACAUACAUUUAUAUUAAAGUAUAUGUAUCUUUAUUUAAAAAAUUUUAUUUUUUCAGAUACAUUAUUUUCACGUACUUUUUGUGUCUGACAAAAAAGAAUUUAUUCUGAAAAAGUAAAACCAGAAUCCGAUCUUCUAAUGUUUUUUUCGUAAAAGAGAACCAAUUCUAUAAAUUUUUGAAAAAUCAAGACCAUCGAGGAAUAACAAUUUGAGUAUCUGUAUACAUUUUAAUUAGUGUAUCUGUAUUUGUAUAUAGAUAUAUUUCUUUACAUUUAUCUGUAUCUAUAUCGAGAUACAUAAUAAAAGUAUCUUACCCAUCACUGACGAACUGUAAAUUCCUAGAUAUAAGUUUUCGUUCUUCGUUAUUGUAUUAUUUUUGUCGUUUUCGGUCGGUGUGCAAGGCUACCGGCUUGUGGCAGGAAAGCAGCAUCACCAAAGAUAAAAAUGAAGUCCACUAAUAAUGAAGUAGCAUAAUUAUGCGAGGUUUCUAUCAUGUACCGUGAGUACAGAGAGAUCUCAAUUAAUUACAUAGUUCGAUGUGUGUAAUAUUAUCUUGUAUUUAAAAUAAGGUAUUUAAUCGAUUAGAGAUGUAAGCUUCAGUUGUGUUUUGAAUCUUUCGUUGACGCAUUCUCAAUCUGCGGAAAAGGUCAGAAGAGUUCAUUCUAGUCCCUAGCUAUUAAGACAAUUGUAUGACACGGACAAGUUUUCCGUCGAUCAUACAUUAGUUAAUAAGAUAAAUUAAGGAUCGAUUUUAAGCGUAACUUCGAUAGCGAAUAUCGAUAAAUACAGCCAACCAAAUAGAUUAAGAGCGCCCGUUAAUUGUUAGCUGCUACUCUGAUCUUCGACGACGAUUGUAAAUUAGUCACAAAUGUCUCACAAAAUCACGGAUCUAUUCGGCAGAAAAUGAUUUAAUUAAAAUGCCGCUAUUUUUAACAAAUGGAAAGAACAGUUCUCUACAAUAAAAACACAAAUCAUUAAUAACACUCCUAAUAGACACUUCAUUGCGGAUAAAAAUAUUCAUGUAGCGAUUAGUCAUAGUAUCGAAAGUUUAAAGAAAAUGCGUGCAAGAUACAAAUUUAAAUUGGAUUCUCGCAAUUUAAAACAGCGCAAAGCUUUUCGAGUUACAGUGUUGAGGUAUUUGAGUUCGGUAUCUCUAAAACGGAUUUUGGGUGGGUUCUUCUUUACGGAGGCCUGCGCCAAGACGUGACGUUUCCAGCUCGUGAUCUCAAAAUACGUAUAAUCCUACCGUCGUGUGAUCCAGAACGGCGUGUAUCUAAGCAAAAGAGGAGAAAAAGAAACCAAAGGCAUAAAUACAGUUAAACGUUGCAUGUAUAGAUUUUAGGAAGGGAUAAGUAGUUAGUGAGAGUAAGUGUGUGGCUCCAGCGUGUUUACAGUAAUAUUCUGAGAGAGAAUGUGAAGAGAGAGAGAGAAAGAAAGAAAGAGAGAAAGAGAGAGAGAGAGAAGAGAGAUUGUACGGGGAUGCAGAUUGGAUUUUGAACAUUUAACGAAAGAGAAUUAAUACUCGUCACAUGUUUGUUGCAAUUUUGCCUGAGAGUUUUGCUCCACCGACGAAUUUCCUACGUUAAGAAGAAGGAAAAUUAUAAGAAGAGCAAACGCUAUCAUGAGAACGUUUAUGAAAAUCGUCUCUAAAAGUAUUACACUUUAUAAAGGACUCAUUAUAUGACGCGACUUGUUAAUUUCAUUUACGGAUAUUUUAAUACAAUCACGCGCGAUGCGUUGUAAGCCUUGAAAGCUCAUAAUUAUACGAUACAUAACUCACGUGUUUCGUGAAAUGUGAUGGUACUCCCUAUUUCUGUAAAAAGUAUAGCUUUGAUGUUAGCAUGUAUACAGCGAAUAAUUGGAAAUAGACAGGAGAUUAUCAUCACGAUCUCUCCAUCACAAUAUAUAAAUGUGUCAUGUGCGUAUACUGAUCCCUUGAGAAACAAAGAAUUAUUUAUCUAUUACUCCCUUGAAAAAAAAGCAUUAUCUCCGUAAAUUAAGUAGAAAUUGUAGGCAAUAUAUAUAUAUAUAUAUUAUAUACGUAUAGUUCGAAAUCCUGUUGAUCCGACAUGGCAUAAGGAAUACAUUGUAAAGAAAAUUACAAACCGUAGAAUAAUAUAAUCGUUGUCCCUAUCGCAUCAAGAAAUGUUCUGUACAGGUGAAAAAAAAGGUCUGUAAAGAUAAAGUUUAGUCGCGCUUUUUGUGAGACCGAUAUGUAAUAUUUAGGAAAAAUAUAAAAAAAACGGAAUAUCAUGGACGGAGGGUGUGUGACGUAGAUGAGAGAAUAGCGUGUGUUACUUUGAGGAUUACUUCUUCACAAUGUGCACGCGAUCGCCCUUAAAUGAGAUCAUCGAGAAAAGCUUAACUGCAACUUGCGCUUUUUAUCCCGCGCGACUGUAUUUUGCUACAACAAACCGAGAGCGAGUGAAGCGACUGAAAAUACAAGUCACUAGUUCCGUGUAAAGCAAAGUGUUAAAGUAUUGUAAUAAAGAAGGAAUCGACUAACGUUGAAGUAACGACGGCCGCAAAAGAUUCUUCCAAUGUACAUUGCCCAUUUGGAUUAUAAACAGCACAAAGUAUCUAAAUUAUCUUGAUUUAAAUUUCCUCGAAACUGAGCUUGAUCCACUUGCAGUUUCACAGCUUCAGACAAAACACAGUUCUUCGUAUUACGGAAAAGACUACGUCGUGCAGCGCUCUCGCGUCUAUAUGUUUAAAAUACUUAAGCGAGUCUGUAGAUACUGUUGUCGUAUAGUUUUGCCAAAUCGCUUUUAAUAAUUGUCUUUUGUUUGAAGCGCGUUGUUGAAGAUUCUGCCAGGAGUUUAUAUGAUUCUGUAAGGUUCUAAGUGUGCUCAAAGCUGGUAGUUUCUUAGCCUAUUGUUAAGAUAUGAUAAGGCAGGAGAAUAUAAAAAAUAAAUAAUAUAUAUUUAAACGCGUUAUUAAUUCAAUAUUAAUGUUGUAAUUACACGGUGCUUGUAAACAUUAUAUUAGCGAAUGAUGUCAUUUAAGGGUUGAUCGACAUCAGGGUUCGUUAAGAGCGGAUCGCUGAAACAAUUGUGUACCACUUUAUUUCAUCAUGGCAGACAGUAAUGUAUAACAUGUUCGAAUAAAUAACUUACGUUACAUAUCGUAAUCCAGAGCUUUUUAUAGAGUUACAACACGAGUGUUCCUUCGAACCUACGCAAGUACGUAAUCGCCGUAAAAAGUAUAUAUAAUCGCACUCUCCAAUCUUAUAACGUCAUACAUUUUGACCAAUUUAAUAUAAUGUGCGAGCCAUUUCUUUUAAAUUUGUACGUAAAUAAUGAUUGUUGUAAAAGUACUUUUUUGUGGAAACUUGAAAAUAAUUAGAGGGAACAUUGCGGUAAAACUAAAAAGGUGUAUACAUAUAUAUAUAUAUAUAUAAAUCAUCGCAAUAUGAAAGUAUAUAAGCUCCAAUGUUUCUCUCGAUUUAAUUUAAGACCACAUAAUUUUUCGGAGAACUUGUUUACAAUAUUUCUUGUAUAGAACUUUUAUAUAGAACGGGAUUCGAGAUAAUACUUGAACAACGCGAUUGCGAAGUUAACAAUUUAAGAAAUGUGCAUAUAAUAUCGUAAAUGAUCAAUCAUUUGUUAUAAUUUUUUUUCUCAGCUUAAUUAUUACGUAGAAAUCUCUCUGUAACGAUUAUAAAUAAUUUGAUAAUAUUUAUCUGCAUAGAUAAAUUUGAUCUGCAACCGGUUGACUAACAAUUCUCAGAGUGUUCUUUUUUUUACACAAGGACAAUAUAUAUCCACAGUAGAUAUAAUAUUAAUAAUGUACCUAUCUUUAGUUUUUACGCGGGCUAUGACCCAGCAUUCUUUCUAGAUCGAUUGCAACAACGAGCAAAAAAGAAAUAUUAUUACAAAAAUGUAGCUUUUCCUUAUAUAAAUGCUGAUUUAAUCAAGAAGAAUGGGCAAUGUUCUACGAGAUAAGAAUAUAAGGGUAUCAUAAAUAAGAUUGUAAUCCAAAAGAGCAAAUUAGUGUACGUUUCUCUAGAAUAGGAAUUUCCAAAUUUCGAAAGGGAGAAGGCGAUUAAGACAGAGAUGUGACUUUCUAUUAGGAAAGAUCUGGAGCAAAAAUAAAAAAAUGAAUUAUACGGUCGAACUUUCACUUUGAGAAUCUGGAUUCGAGCAAACGACGUAAUUAGCUCGAUCUAAUUGACACUGGACUCGAGCAAACAACAUAAUAAGAAUUACCGAAAGAAUGCGCGCUUUCCGCGUAUCAGUAUUGUUUUUGAAGAGGAAGUGCAAGAAAUCCAACGUCAAAAAAAAGUCUGGAUUAAACACUACUAGGAAGCUUACGCGUCACAUUACAUUUCACAUUACACUUGCGUUUUUGAGUGCGCGUGUGGUCGCGAGUUUAAUUUUGACGCUCAAAAAAAAAAAGAGAAGCUAAUUAGUUUCGUAAUACAUAAUAUUCAUAGUGGUGCCAGUAUAAUACGUGUAAUUAUUGUACGUGAGCUCAUACACACGUUAAGCUCAUGAGAGGUAAAUUAACGCAGAUUAACGGCAGGAUUGUAUAACGUAGAGAGCGUGGACGAAGACUUCGUUCCGGUUUCUCGAUUUGUUCGCGACGGUAUCGACCCUUUGAAAACGAAAGAGAGAUGGGAAUAACGUGUAAUGCGUGUAACAAUAAUAAUUCCCUGCGAAUAAAAGGAGAAGAAAUAUUGAUACUUCUAAUAUAUGAGUGUACAAUGAUAUAAUGUACCUAAUUACUUUAUGCAUGUAUCUAUACUUUAAUUGUAAUCUAAUCAAUACUAUAAUCAUGUGAUGUAUACAAAGAGUACCAAAACGAACAACAGAAAUGUCUCAAGAAAUUCUAUGUGUAUAAUAAUUUACAAGUGUGUGAGAGAGAGAGAGAGAGUUGCGCGCACAGACCAUUUUUGAAAGCAAAAAAUGAAAUAAAUGUAGCAUUGUUAGCAAAUGGUACGAGCGAUAAAUUCUAUGUACUUAUAAAUAAUAUAGCAUUGUUUAAAGGAUGAAAAUGUAGUCGCGUCUGAUAAAGUUAUAUUUUUUAGUGACGUUUUUAAUCUUACAAAUGCGCUGCAGCCUUCCAUUGCAAUUGUGUUACGUAUGUUUAUUUAGUUUCUUUAUAUUAGGGAGCAAGUAGCUAACGUAGAGUUUCACGGUUAUUCGAUCUCUAAUCAACACACUAAUUUUUAAUAAAACCGACUAAUAAUAGACGCGGUAAGAAGAAAUAUAUAUUUAGUUGUUACGAAUUAUGGCAAAUACUGUAAUAAAGGAUAUGUAAAUGACAA